CCUCCCUUCCCUUCUGUCUCUCCGCGCUACGGCGCACACGAUAAUCUAUAAUCACAACGAACCGCAACUCUCCACUCCCAUCGCCAGGUCUCGCAGCCAGUGGGCGGGGUUUGGACGUCUCGGGAGUGCUGCAAACGACCAAUGAACGUCGAGUUGGGUGCCGGUGGAGACAGCUAGCGAGCGCCGACAAAGCCCCGGUAUGCCAAAUCCUCCCGAUGAAUGACAGCUUUGAGAAAACUCAAUAAGAGAGCUGCAGCGGGCACGAUUGGAGGCGUUGAAAGGGCCGCAAGCACACGACUAUUACACCCUACCCUCUCCACCUUGCGAGGCUUUCGGAGCUCGGAUAAAAAGUAAAGUUUCCCGGAGAAGCGGUCAUAGUGUGGCCCGUUCGCUCGUCUAAGAUAGGAGGGCUGUUAUUCUUCGCGUGAAAGACGACAUCAUAACAGCAUUUGGCGGGUGCUCAACUUCUGAAAAGGUGUGGAUUUCUUGUGUCUGAGAGCUCUGCGCGUUUAUGGACUUUGUCGGAAGGAAUUUACUUUGUAACGUUGUAGCCAGUUGAUAACUUGGACAUAGUAGAACAGAAACAUGCACACACAGUUAAUGACCUGCCGGAGACUUUGUGUAUUAUUGCAUACAACAGACAUACAGCUCUGACUGUAAAAAGUGUCUUGUGUUGACUUCAGUGUGUUUUUGGCGUGAUCACCACCAAGGCUUUUGACUUUCGUGUUUUCAUCUGAGAAAAAUUUGCUCGACGGAGAUUGUCUACAGUCUAUUGCAACAAGGGUUGUUGUAGCUCGGAGAAAGUUUCAGUGAACCUGUUCCCGGUCAUACUGGUGUGCCACUGCCCUUUAUGUUUCCGACUGUGCACCAACAAAACAGAACGCGACAAAAGACUUUCAUUGCUGUCUUCGUUCCAAUUCAGUUCGAUGCUGUUAGAUUCUGGAAACAGUAACACGGUAUUCAAACCGAGCUUCGAACUUGACAACACAUCCUAUAUCGGUAGGCCUUUAUUUGUUCAGGACUGCAGAACUAUUGGAAGAUUCCUGGAGUGAGCGCUCUCGCCCAGUUCAUUCUCAAUUUCCCGGCAAUAUUUUCUUCUUUCAGACUUCCGUUGGGAAUUUCUUCGUGACACUGAUCUUCCUUAUCUUGUCCGCGACUGAGAGUCUGAGAGAGUGAUUUCACGUUCCUCUCGUCAGCCUGGGUUGUGUGCUUCUUCCUCUUCAAGUCUCUAUCGGACCUCAUAACGAUCAUCUCCCCGUGAGACGUCAUCGUGGUCAGCCUAGCGGAUAGUGACCCCUACCAGACGCCGUAUCGGAGACGGACACAGUCGUCAAAAGUAAAAGCUGUCUGCUUCAGCUGUCGGUGGCAGCGAGAUACGAGGUCAGAGGUCAAGCGGUGCUGGUGACCACAACUGCUCGACACGCCGUCGGUUGGUGAACUUAUCCCUCCUGUCCCUGUUUGAACCACUCAACUACGUCCUGGACUUGAAUAACGACUACAACUACGACAACAACUACGACUGCUGCAAGGACUCGCACUUAGUUCUGUACCCGUGGAUGCCUAACUUUGUCUCCGUCAGACGUUAUUGACCUCGUCUGCCUUGCCUAAGUCGCAAACCACGCCCUCUUCACAUCACAAGGGAAGCCCCGCCCCCUGCUGUCACCCUGGAUCUGCGCGUCAUGGCGUCCCAUCCAAUCGUUGUGGAGGACAGCCUCCGGUCCCGCGAAAAUAUCAUGACUCCCCAGUCCCUGCCCGAGUUGUCUCCCACUUCUAACCGCAUGACGUCACCCAGCUCUGACGCUGGGCGGAGUCUGAGCCCGCCCUCCGUCAAUGACUCCGCCUCCAACUUGGAUCACGUCAAACGACCGAUGAACGCCUUCAUGGUGUGGUCACGAGGCCAGAGACGCAAGAUGGCGCAGGAGAAUCCCAAGAUGCACAACUCUGAGAUCAGCAAGCGUCUCGGAGCAGAGUGGAAGCUUUUAACAGAAGAGGAGAAAAGGCCCUUCAUUGACGAGGCUAAACGACUCCGCGCCCUACACAUGAAAGAACACCCUGACUACAAAUACAGGCCGCGCAGAAAGCCGAAAUCCUUGAUGAAGAAAGACAAGUACGCCUUUCCCUUACACCCGAUGCUUCCGGGGAUGAACGGCGGCGCUUUAGGACCUAUGGCACACUCGUUCGCCUCCCUCGCCGCCUCUCACCACCAAUCAGAACUGCUGGCUGCCUCUAGCUCCUCCUCCUCGUCCCACUUCGACAAGGCUCGUUCUUUCUUCCCACCCACCUCCUCCUACGCCGGUCUCUACCCACACCUGGAAGCUGCCGCUGCCGCUGCUGCUGCUGCUGCGGCCGCCAACUCUGCCGCCGCGGCCAAACUGGACCCUGCCACGUCAUCGCCCGUCUCGUCCCUGUCCGCCCUACGUCACCACUCAGACACAGCCGGCCUCGGCUCCUCCCCUCUCUACUCGCCCUACCUCAGUGGACACACCCACCCAUCUCUCUCCGCCCUCUCGCCCAGCGCGCACGCCCACGCAGCGGCAGCAGCCGCAGGUUUGAGCCAGUACCUGGUGCCCUACAUGCCGCCCACCUACAUGCCCUCCUCCGCUCAGGACAUGCACCGGCCCCUGGCCUACGUGCUGGUCAAGCCAGAGGACCACUUCCGGCACCCGGCAGUCUUGUGAUUGGGACGUCAUCAAACUCUGUGUAUGCCGCCAUAAUGAAUAAUGACCCUUGUUGGCUUCUUCUUGUAGAGAGUGAACCAGCACGCACACUGCCCCCCCCCCACCCCCACCCCUCUUCCCGGGUCAUAUUGUGAUGAAAAAGUCACCACUGUGUGUGUGGUGUACAGAGCAACAGUUUGCCCACUUCACUGAAAGCAACAAGUAAAUAAAUGAGCUGCACAACACACCGAACAGUCUUGUGAUUGUGACGUAACUAGACGCUGCGGACACGUUUGGUUUGUGAGUCGAUUGUGCUGUAAAACACCUACUCAGACUCACGACUGGUUUGACCCGAGAAUGAACCAGCCCAUGUGACAAUACUCCCAAGCCGGGGAACCGCCACAACCACUCAAGUUCUUACGAAUCUGUCCACAUGUGUCAGCUCAGCUCGUCUGUAUGGCGCUGAAAGCAAUAUUGUCUAAUCCUGCUUGAAUAUGGCUUAUGUGUUACUCAUCUUGCAUCCAGUCAGCUUGUAUAUGUUAUAAGUCUGAACUACAGAUUGUAGAAAACAUUCAGCUAUCUCAAUCUGACCCCCAAAAAAAGAAAGAAA